AGCCGAACCGAGCCGAGCCGUGGAGCCAUGUUCCACCUGUGGAAGGCCGUUCUCGCGGAGAGCCUCCUGGGCUAUAUUUCUUGGUCUCUUUACCAUGCCCUGCCACCAAUGAUUUAUUACUUCCCCCUUCAGACACUGGCACUCACAGGUCUGGAAAGUUUUGCUGUUGCCUUCUUUUCUCCAGUAUUCUUGAUAAUUGGCCCUUUUUGGAGGUGGGCUAACAAUAAGUACAUCCUAGCCCUUCUGAGACUCGCUACGGUUGGAAGCUUAGCAUCAUACCAGGCACCAAAUGCUCCAAUUAGACUAGUCAUCUUGGCUGCAGGUGUUUCCUCCUCAUUGCUGGUUCAAACAGUAACAUGGUGGUCAGGAAACAGUUUACAAAGGUUCAUCAGGAUAUGGGGCUUCAUGCUAGGCAAAAUAAUGCUCCUUGUUCUUCGCAUCUGGUAUACAUCACUAAACCCGGUGUGGAGCUCACAAGCUGCCAAUACUGUCAUAAUGGCAAUUGGUUUUAUAGCAGCAGUGGAGCGAAUUUAUUCAGAUGGAGACAAGAGGAAACAAGAAGCAAAGAAAACUGGUAAUGCAGUUAGAGAGACAGUUUCCCACCCUCGUUGGCUGUUGUCAGGGAUUGCUUUUGGCAGUCUCAUGUUCCUCACCCUGUGGAUAUUUGGGGAGGUCUCAUUAAUUUCUAGAUGGGCAGUAAGUGGACAUCCACAUGCAGGUCCAGAUCCUAAUCCAUAUGGAGGUACAGUUCUGUUGGGCCUGGCUCAUGGGCUGAUGCUUUCAUUUUGGAGCUGGUCUUCUGCCACCAGUUUUGCUUGGUUUCUUGUAGGUUUAGCAUCUUCAGCUGGUCUUCUUUAUUUACACACCUGGAGUGCUGCUGUUGCAGGCAACAUUCUUGCUGUCUUUACUAUGUGCGUGUGGCCUCAACUGGCUGGCCACUUUGCUAGCUGUCUGCACCCUGGGAAAGCCAUGACUACUGCUAUGUUUGCCUACGUUCUUGAAUUAUUCUUUUGUGUAUGGUGUACAGCUUAUAAAUUUGUACCUGGAGGAAUUUAUGCUAGAGAAAGCUCCCAUCUUCUUUUAGGGUUUAUAAUGUUAUGUAUUGGGAUAGACUUUCUAACAGUACCCAAGAAAGAUCUCAGCUCUAUCUUUGAAGUGAAAAGCAGCCAAAAGCCACUAUUCAGAAAGAGUAAAACCUUUAUUAAAAUAUUAUUGUGGCUGUUUGUUGGUGUUGGUUUGCUAGGAUUGGGUCUGCGUUAUAAAACUUACCAGAAGAAGCUGGGCCAAGGGGUUCCCAAAAGAGACUUCUCUGCUAUGAUCUGGCCUUUUAGAUUUGCAUAUAACAAUGAAGGAUGGUCUAAUUUGGAAGGAUCAGCUGAUCUGCUUAAUCAGACAGGUGCUGAUUUUAUCACUAUUAUAGAGAGUGAUGCCUCCAAACCAUUCAUUGGGAACAAUGAUCCAACAAUGUGGCUGGGAGAAAGGCUAGGAUUUUACACAGACUUUGGUCCAAGCACAAGAGAUCACACUUGGGGGAUUAUGGCGCUGUCACGGUAUCCAAUUGUAAAAUCUACCCAUCACCUCCUUCCGUCUCCAGAGGGAGAGAUUGCACCCGCCAUCUCCAUGACUGUCAACUUCACAGGGAAACUGGUUGAUUUUGUUGUCGCCCACUUUGGAAAUGAAGAGGAGGACUUAGACAGGAAACUCCAGGCUAUAGCUGUUUCAAAUAUAUUGAAGACUAGCUCUAAGCAAGUAGUUUUUCUAGGAUACAUCACUUCAGCUCCUGGAUCCAGAGAUUAUACUGAAUUAAUAGAAAAUGGAAAUGUCCAGGAUAUUGACAGUACAGAUCAUGACAGAUGGUGUAGCUAUAUUAUGUAUCGAGGAGUAAUAAGGUUGGGCUAUGCCCGCAUAUCUCAUGCUGGUUUAAGUGAUUCAGAAGUCCAGAUGGCCAAAUUUAGGAUCCCAGAUCACUUGGAUAGCUAUGUUGACAAUGACAGAAUCGUCACUGAUCCUAGCCAAGUUCCUGAGGACAUCCAUUUCAAUCCUAGGUUUGGAUCUUAUAAAGAUGGACAUAAUUAUGAACAUAUUCAUCACUUUCAUAUGAGCACUCCUAAAUAUUUUAAACAGAUAAAUUAGAAUGAGAAAGUAAUAGAUCACUGGGACCAAUAAAAAAGGGCAUUAGACACUGCAAUGCUUUUACAAAGGGAAGAGUAAAGUACCUCCGAAUAGUUAUUGUUAUGAGACUCAGAAGAACGCACUGCAGGAGAGUUAAAAGCAAGCAUGCUCAACGUGAGAAGGUUUCUGAGAAGAAAGUUGAUUGUAUUUUUUUUUAUAUAUACAAAUAAAUAAAACAAAAUGGCA